AUGGUUUCCAGGGAGCAGAAGCGAGGAGUUUUGCAUGAGAAGCUGCACAUUCUCCGCAGCGUUACUCAUUCUCAUGCGGGGGAUAAAAUGUCAAUAAUAGCGGACGCAUCGUCGUACAUCAAAGAUCUACAGCAGAAAAUUGCAAAGCUAAACCAAGAGAUUGCAUCAGCACAACACGCCAAUGUUUGCCAACCAUUGGUGAGUGUUGGAGUCCUGGACAAGGGUUUCCUCAUCAAUGUGUUCAUGGACAAGAGCUGCCCACCAGGACUACUUGCUUCCAUUCUUGAGGCAUUUGACGAGAUUGGACUCACAGUGCUUGAGGCUAGGGCUACAUGUGCUGGUUCAUUUCGUCUAGAAGCUGUAGGAGAGGAAGAAGAUGAGGGCCUAAUUGACGCACAUGCAGUGGAGCAAGCAGUAGUUCAAGCAAUCAAGAAUUGUCCUACAAACUAA